CCAGUUAGACCUGAAUGUUUGAGUGAGUGUGUGUGUGUGUCAGUAGGAAAGAAAAUAAUAACAACACAGCGCGGGAGUUAUGUCCGGUGCAGCCGAGGCGGCUCUGUGCGUGGAGCUGCGCGCCGAGCCGGUGGUGGCGGCGGGGUUGGAGAUGUCGGAGCCGCACGGAGGAGCAGACGGGGACGGCGCGUGCAGCGAGGACGACGGUUACGAGAGUCUACCAGUGCACGCGUCCUUCAGCACGCACAUGACUGCCGGUGCGGUGGCCGGAGUGCUCGAGCACACGGUCAUGUACCCGGUGGACUCCGUCAAGACACGUAUGCAGAGUUUACAGCCCGACCCGAAGGCUCAGUACCGUAGCGUGUACGGGGCUCUGAAACAAAUCGUGGCGACCGAGGGCCUCCUGCGGCCCCUCAGAGGGCUCAAUAUUACCGUGUUGGGGGCAGGGCCCGCCCACGCUCUGUACUUCGCGUGCUACGAGCAGAUCAAGUACAGCCUCAGCGACGUUAUUCAGAACGGCGGCAACAGCCACAUCGCCAACGGUGUGGCUGGAAGCGUCGCCACUGUGCUCCAUGAUGCGGUCAUGAACCCUGCAGAAGUGGUGAAGCAGCGCAUGCAGAUGUACAACUCGCCGUACCGGGGCCUGUGGGACUGCGUGGUGACAAUAAGUCGUAACGAGGGCGUGGCCGCCUUCUACCGCAGCUACAGCACGCAGCUCCUCAUGAACAUCCCGUUCCAGGCUCUGCACUUCAUCACGUACGAGCUGAUGCAGGAGCGGCUCAAUCCCCAGCGGCAGUACUGGCCCGGAACCCACAUGGUCUCGGGCGCCGCGGCGGGCGCCGUGUCGGCGGCGCUCACCACUCCGCUCGACGUCUGCAAGACGCUGCUGAACACGCAGGAGGACGUGGCGUUAAAUUCCGCUCGCAUCAGCGGCCACCUUUCCGGGAUGGCCAAUGCCUUCAGGACGGUCUACAGGCUGGGAGGCUUUCCCGCCUUCUUUAAAGGUGUGCAAGCACGCGUCAUUUACCAGAUGCCUUCGACAGCCAUCGCGUGGUCCGUCUACGAGUCCUUCAAGUACUUCCUGACUCGGGACGAGAGCAGCUCGAGACGGACAUGAAGACCUCGGAAGGAACUUCUGCACCAAAUCGUCGUCUUGUUCCACACUUUGAAUUGUGUACAGUUCCAGAAGAGCAAAUCGAUAAAGAGCUUGAAUUCUGUUCAAACUACAUUAUUUAUUGGAAGACGUUUUUUGCUGUUACAAGCAGAAAAAUGUAUGUAGGCAAAUAACUAGCCACCACUAAAGAUGCACUUGAAAGAAGGCGCGAACUUGAAUCUCUUGUCAUUUAAAAACCAGCAUACCGUUAUCUUUAUCAUAAUGAAAUUGUUGUGUUGCGGAAUAACUAAAAGGAUCAUGUUGGUUUCGGGUGGUACUGUAGGUGCCACAGCAGGCCUUUGGACGCAGAACCAGAUUUUCAGACGUGCAUUCCAUAUUACCUCCUGGGUGAGAGGGAGCAGACAAGUUUACCUUUCUCCAUGUGUUUGGAGUUAUGUAGGAAUUAAUAUUUUUUUCCAGCAUCUCUGGAUGUCGUGUAGGUCUUUGUUUUGAGCAGCUAAGUGCUCUCCGUUGGCGAACGUUGCCUUUACUCCAUACGUUUGCUACAACUACAACCGUUUCCAUCAUCAGUGGACUGCAUGUAGUCAUUGACGUGCUGUAGUUAAAGUUUUACGUUUGGACAUGUUGUAGCUUAAACUUUAUGAACUACUGACAGCUGGAGCUUUAAUAUUGCACAUGUCGAUAAUAUUAUAUUUAAUAUUGCACAUGUCGAUUAAAUGUUUUAGUAAAAUGCUUUAGGACUGUCUAAUAUCUAAAUGCGUUGCCACAUAUUUAUUAAUCAAAGCUUCCCGAGCCCUGACUUCUCAGCUUCUCCAUCACUUGCCACAGCCAACUGUAGCUGAGUUUCUAAACUAAAGAAGGAAUACUGGAGACCGUUUGCAAUCCGAGUCCCCAUUCUGACAAGUAUUCAAGUACAACUGGAUUAUUAACAUAAAAACAAACAAGCAACCAGAUUUAAAUCUGAUGGCUCGAACUAACUCGGGAGAAAUGUUCAAUCCACAUGUUUUGAAAGCGUGAAUGUUUUCACGUUUGAAAACUAAAAACUUACCCAACAAUUAUGCAAAGUCAAUAAUAUUUACAAAAUAGUGUUGCAUUUAGCAUAUUAUUUCAUUUUUGAUUUUCUUUAAAAAGAAAAAAAGGAAAUGAAUUAUUUACAAUCAAAUAGUUUUUUUUAAUUGAUGCUACUAGUUACAUAUAAAAUUAUUUAAAAAUGUUUAUAUUACUAAUAUUGCUAUUGUUUUUUUUUUAUAUUAGGUAUAAAAUUACUAAUAAAAUAAAAACCCACAUAUUACUACUAUAUGUAAAACUACUUAUAAAAUUAAUGAAAUCACAAUAAAAUUGUCUCAGGCUUUCAAUUAGUGAUAAGUGUUUAAAGUCACAAAGUUUAUUUUUUUUUGGUCAUGAAAUAAUGCUAAAUUGAACAAAUACACACUACCGUAUGUAUCAGUACGAAGAAAAAUGUCCACCUGGAAAUCUCUGUGUUAUUGAUCUAUAUUAAUAAUACCUUUAACUUCAAGAUCAUUAUUUACCUCUAGCCUCAAAGAUCAAAGUGAAAUGAUGAAAAACAAUUAAAGGACAAAUACUGUUGUUUUUCUUUUUUUGUUUUUGUUUUUAAAUAUUGUUUAGAACAUGCCUCUCAUUUGCUUGUUCUCCCCCCCCCAUUCCAAACGAAAGCAACAUACAGUACACGGACAAGACUCGAACGGAAUGAGCUUACUAAAACACACUAACACACCAAGUCGACCUGGAAUAAAAUGCUCUGUGCUAACAGGGUGGAAGGAAAGGCCUACUCUCUCUCUGACCUGUCAAUCACGGCGCUAUUAGUCGUUUGAUCUCUGAGAUCGUAUAUGUGGAAGAGGGCAGAUAGCACUGUUCUCAGAGUGUGUUACGCUUACUACAUUUUUCUUAUUGGUAAAUAGUUGUUUUCUUUCACCUUAAACAUUCUAGUUAAACCGCGGGUGUAAAGCUACAUAUGAACGAACCGUGUACGUCUCUCCUGGAAGUGACCUUGCAAUUUCCUUUAAAAAAAAAAAGAAAAGAAAAACAAAACACAACACGAGCCUUGAAUGUCUGCAUCACAUGCCCUUCCUUAAAAAGGUACAAAAGCUGUGAACUCUGCAAAAACUCGGCGUACAACCUUAUAAAGAAGUGUGAUGUACAUGAUGUAUUAUCUGACAAAGGGGUGCCACCUUUUUGUCUCUGAUUGUUCGCUUUUAUUUUAGAGCACGUGGCCGUGCUGGUCUUGGUGUCGGACCAACAACUGCGCUCUCUCCCCAAAUGUAGGCCUAUGCAUGUUGUGUUUUUAUAUUCACUUAAUCAGCAUUUUGGGUGUAUAUAUUUCGUCAUUAUAAAGCUUACAAUCUUAUAGGGGGAAAAAAAACUAAUUUCUUUUAAAAAGCACAAAAGAAUUUUAUUCAGUUGUAGAUAAUCGAGCAUCUUUGGGUUUUAUGAUCUAUGCAGCUUUUCCCUAUACUACAUAUAGUUUACAAACAGGGAUCUUUUCUUUAAUUAGUGUGUAAAGCUGGUUUAUCGUGUAAAUAUAUGUAAAUUCAGCAUUCUAGCCCUUCCUGUUUAGCACAAGUUCGUUUAUUUCUUGAUGUAUAUACUCUCAUGAAUCUCUCGGUGCAAAAAUCUUGUAUAUUAAAGAAGCGGGAAGAAAUGUUUUACUGCGACGGACUGCGAAGUGCCUAGAGAUACGAUUUAAAAUGUAUUGUUUAUGUACCAACCUCUGCAGCAACCUCAUUUCCCCUCUCGUCUGUUCCAACCAUUCAACAUCACCUGAUCACCGACUUGAUUCAUAAUUCUUUUUAUUAUUAUUUUUUUUUAUGCUUAAAUGAUUCCUAUGUAACUGUGUGGCUUAACAAACAAAAGACAUUCCUACUGAAACUGAGAGCUUGGAGAGUUUGGCAUUUGGCUCUUUGGAAGCAAAAUCUGAAGAAAUGACUGCUGGCCCAAGACUUUUUUCCUUUGUACCGUGUUCUCACCCAUACGUCUAACCAGGAGUGCUUCAUUCAGUUAAAAAUUUUUUAAAUCAAAAAGUUGUUUAUGUGCCUUUGUGUUAAAUGUUUAUUGGUUUAACUGCCUCAUCUAGUAACUAUUUACUUCCAUACAACUGGCUAUGUUUACAUGCAGAGAUUUACACUAGUCCCAUCAGCCUUUUGUUUUUAUUCCUGUUUGCAUUCAUUGUGAUAGAGCGGUCUUUAAUGGAUUAUGCUCCAGAUUAUGAGGCUGCACGUACACAUAGCUAAUGCCUUUGUAUGAUUUUUGGAAAACCCAAAGAUUUACAGAGAUCUUUCUUAAAACAGAUUAUACCAGUGAUCUUAACUUUAUCACCUUAAGGAAUGAAUUUAUUAGAAAUAGACUGUCUAAAGAGGAACUUUUUUUUGUUUUUAACUCAUGAAUUAAGCUUGUAUUAGAUGCUCUAUUAUAACCCGCAGGAACUUUUCCGAUAAUGCUGACUAUUGCAUCACAGCCAGCUCAGACAGAGUUGCUUUAGGUGAUUCGCACGUGUUGAUUGUGAUUCCCUUCUGCUCAUUCCAUUGUUGUUAGGUUUGGUUGGAAGAAUCUAACGGGUCUAAUACCACUGGUUUCUUCACGCACAACACCAGAAGGAUUUAAAGUGCCAUUUUAAAGUACUGAAGAUACCAAGCGAUAGACAAAAAUAACAUGCAAUAAGUGUUUUGUUUUGU